AGGAGGGUGGAGGCGUGUUCUUUGUGUUUUGAAUCCUGAGUUAAUCUGCUGUGGCAUCCACUCACAGUGGAGCCCUACAUCUGAGAACCAGUGCUGCCGAGAGGUGCCCAGCACAGUUCGUGCUCAAGUACAUCCUUCUUGAAAAACAAGGAUUCACUUCGGAAAGUCUUUUGUGAGUGUAUGUGGUUCAUCUUGGAAGACUCUAUGAGCUUUUUCUUUUGCUUUGUGCUGUAGCAAGACUUUUAAAAGUGCAUGUGUGGAGGGGGAUCAAGAAAGAUGCUUUUCUCAGGUUGUGCCAAUAAUGUUGUUGCACUCUAGUGGGUGUAGUAUGAACAGAUGAAGAGGAGAGUAUCUUCUGGACUGGAGUAAAAUGUUGCACAGACUCAGGGGUCUCAAGGUUCUUUGGCUAAAAGGAGCUGCAGGCCACCACUGUCACAGCUGCAUUCUCCCAGCCUCCCUGCACCUGGACUCCAGGAAUUAGAGUUAGCAGACCAGAGUGUGAUUUUACAAUGGCUUGAAUUGUUCCUGCAGGAGUUGACUCGCAAUCUCAGGAUAUCAGUCAGCCUUUGGGAUUCUAAUGGAUGUACCUGAACUGGUGCAAACCAUAGCUUGCAGGGAUCUAGUUCCUUUAAUGCUCUGUUGGAAUGUCUGUAAGCAAUGAUUAGCAGCAAAGAGGAGGAUUCUCUGAAGUUUUUGCAGUAUGUUGAAGACUGUGGACUAAAAGCAUAUAACAAAUUGGUCACGCAGAACAUCGACCUGUGGAAUGAAAAAAACAGGAUUAACUUUCAGGAGAAAAACUACAAGAAGCGAAAGCAGGAAGAAGCCAUUAAAAGGGGGGAGGAGGUGGUCACCGAGGGUAAGCACCUGCGAAUGUGCUGCAUGAGCAUGCCGGCCCCUUCGGAACACAUGUCCUCUCACCAGCACCAGCACCAGCCUCCCUGCAACAUGGGUUUUGCUGUUCGCUCCCAGUCCCUGCACUCUGUGGGAGGAGGAGAAGAGGAGGGCAGCCCCACAUCCCGCAAGCUGCCCCCACCCAAACCACGGCGGGACCCCAACACCAAACUCAGCAUCUCCUCUGAAGCUGUGGACCUCAGUCCGACCAGAUGUAAAGAUGAGCACUCAGACAGAUGUGAUGGAACACAAGGCUGCAGUGAGGACUGCAGGAAAGUUCCCCCACCAAAGCCCAAGAGGAAUCCCAACACGCAACUGAGCACUUCAUUUGACGAAUCUUACAUCAGCAAUCAUGGUUCGAAAUGUUUGCCCAACAUGCCCUACUCAAGAGAUGGCCAGGCCCCAUCUCCUCCCCAGCCUCAAGGUCCACAGCAGGACUCAGACUUAGAUGAACCUGUCUACAUUGAAAUGUCCGGGAAUGCGUGCAGAGAACCAACCCCUCGUGUUGAGGACGAUGAGCCUGGUGAGGCCGUCUACGAAGAGAUGAAAUACCCUGCACUUGAUGAGUAUGAUUCACGUUGGGAUCUUGUGAGCUGUCGCUUACAAUGUGUCACACCCUGCCCACCUGAGGUUGAUAUCCAUACACCUCUAAGCCGUUGCACCACUCCUCGUGGCAUGGCUCUUUGUGACAUCCCCGCUCCUUUCCCCAACCUGUUGUCCCACAGGCCACCUUUACUAGUUUUUCCUCCAGCUCCGGCUCAGUGCUCGCCCAACUCGGACGAGUCCCCACUCACCCCUCUAGACAUGACAAAGCUGCCCAUGUUGGAAAAUUCCCCUUACUGCAAAUCGCCAGCCUCAUCCUCUAUGGAAACUUCUGGCUCUGCUUCUAACUCGCACCUUAGGCGCUCUGAGAGGGAGCUAAUGGCCACUCCUACAAUAACAGUGUCGGGGCGAUCCUCAGCACCCCCACUGCCCUGUGCCCUUCAUAAAAGCUCAUCCUCUUCACACAGCUAUCAACGCAGCCACUCAGCCUGCCCCUCACCUGUCAGCAUGGGCCGCUGCCUGACGCCUCUCAGCCUCAUGCGGUCACAACCUUUUGAUGGGCCGUUUCCUGGAGCUGGCCUUCCUCGCAGCGCCUCUGCCACACCUCAUGGCAAGUGUUCACCACCUCAGGAUGUGGUCCCAGGGGGACGUCAUCAUGGCUCCAUGCAGAACGUGUCAGUGGCACGCUCACGGACACCCACUAGCCCACUGGAUGAGCUCACCAACCUAUUCACCACUGGCAGAAACAUGCUAAAAAAGAAUACCAGCGGCAAGAAGAGCAAGGAGCCAGGAGAGAGUGAAACCAAGGGAAGGGGCAACAGCUCUGGGUCCAAGCGGGAGCACAAGGAGAGGAGCCAUCACAGCAAAGAAUCUAAGCGAGAUAAAGACCGCAGCAGCAACAGAAAGUCUUCGCAUCGGCGAGACAGCAAAGAAAAAGAGCAGAAUGGCAUCGAAGCUUUAUCUCGACAUGAAAGCAAGGACUGCAGCUAUGGUAACACUGAACCAUUAGCCAGAAGGGACAGCAAAGACAAGGGGUGUAAUGGUCCAGAGCUGCCUCCCCGACAAGAGAGCAAAGAUCGAGGCAGCAGCACUGAGGCAAUGACUCGACGGGAUAGCAAAGACAGGGGCUGCAACACUGCAGAAACUUUGCCUAGAUGGGACAGUAAGGACAGGGGCAGUAAUACUCUGGAUCUCUUGCCCAGACAAGACAGCAAAGACCUGUUAAGAAAUGGUCUAGAGACCAGACAUGACAGCAGGGAGAAAAUUUGCUAUGGGAUGGAACUGCCUCCCAGACAUGAAAGCAAGGACCUGGGUAGAACUGGGCUGGAAUAUCGACGGGAUAGUAAAGAUGGUGGAAAACAUGGCAUAAAGUCUGGUCAGGAUAAGGAGAAGUUUAACCAUAGCGCAGAGAGCCGAUGGGGGAGCAAGGAAAGGAUCAGCAAUGGCAAUGAUGUAGUGAGCAGACAGGACUGCAAAGAUAGGGGAGUGCACACAAAUGAGGCUUUACCCUGGUAUGAGGGGAAAGAUCAAAGCAACUGUAGCACAGAAUCUCCUAAAGCACAUGACAGGGACACAUGGUCUGGAUCUUCAACCAUGGUACCAUCCAACCGGUCUGGACGAUCCUCCAUGAGUCCAAAUAUAAUGUUAGGGAACUCCAACUCUGACCUGAAGACAGCUCCAAAGGCAGGUCGGUCUUCCUCCACACUAGCUGCUUCAUCUCCAGUUGGCACACCUCAAAGACAGCCUCCUGAUGUCCAACAGAUGCCCCCUAUGCCAUGGUUAUAUGGUGACAGCACCAUGCUGGAGAUGAUUGAGAGGAAACAGCGUCUCUGUCGGGAGAUAAGAUCUCGUCAGCAACUUCCUGACCGUAGCCCAUGCAAGAAAGAAAGCCUGCCGAACAUGCCCAGCUGGAAGAAAACCAACGGGGCGAAAAAGUACAGGCCACCCCCCUACCCUACUCAGACCACUGUCUUCUGGGACACGGCCAUUUGACUUUUAGUUCUUAUGAGAACCUUAGGAUCCUGCUUCACCCUUGAUUAUCAUGCAGGGCUGAUGCAGCCACUCAGAGUGUGCUCUCACCAGAGGAUAGAUGGGUGGGUGAGGUUACCAUAGCAAUAUUUAGGAGGGUGCAGUUUAAGAGGUUUUUGUAUCAAUGUCUGUAUCUAAUAUUUUUAUACUCAAUGUGAUUCUUAAAUGACCUAGCAUUAAUAGAUAUUUUCUAAAUUAAAUGGAAUAUCUUUGCAAAGUUUAUGUAGAGUUAGCCCAAUGCAAUUGUUGUUUUUAUACCUUUAUUUUAAAAAAAGAAAAAAAAAAUGAUCGCAAUACACAAUCAGUACAUUUGCAUCAAUAGCUUUUACUUGCCUUUCUAUUUCAAGAACUCUGGAAAUGAUGUUUCUGUGGUAUUUUGCCACACUACAUGAAGUCUGUUUUAACACUGGAUGUUAUGGUGAUUGGAUUAGGGCUAGCUCACUUCUUGCUGCCUUUCAACACUUUAGUAGAGAACUUAUUCGAAUGUGUAAUUAGUAAUUAACAAAACAGAUCUAAAACGUUUAUAAUCUUAGACGGAUUUAAUCUAUAAUUUAUGAUCACAUUCUUUUUUGUUUUGCCUUUGGCUUCUGUAGACAUUUAAGUAGAUAGUUUCUGAGAGUAUAACGGGUUUAAGGACAGGGCAUUGCACAGAGUACAAAAUGACUUCUUUAAGAAGGGGUGUUUUUAACUGGAUCUUGUUUGAUCUGUGUGUGUAUAUGGCAUGUAGAGCUGUAAAACCGGGGCUACUACCUCCUCUUUGGGUCUGUGGCAAUAGCUGGCAGGUGCCAGACAGUGAGAAUCCUCCAAAGUGUACACAAGGAUGGUCACCCAGAGAUUAAUGACAAUCUGGAAUAUCAAAGUUGUAUUUUUUGCAUUUCAGCAUUAUUUAAGAAUUGUGUUCAUGGACUGAUAAUUGUGAAAUGAAAAUAUAGGUUUUUUUUUUUUUUUUUUUUUUUUAUUUGUGCAGUGGUCUUGUAUAGAAUGACAGUGCCAUUAUUUAUCAUAAAUUAAUGGAGUAGAUUGACUGGAUAUUUCAGACAGACACAAAUACUUGUUUAGUGACACAAACCAAUGACCAAUAGCUCUCAGCUAUUGUAACUAUGUAGUACCCAUGGCUUCAUGGCCUGGUAACAGGGAUUAUGGCUGCAUAAACAAAGAGGCUGUACACAAGAAAGCUGCAAUUCCGCAUUCCUCAACCACAUAGGACUGGAUAUCCACCUGUCUCCCUCUACCUCUCAGAUGAGUUCAAGUGGUCAUUUGCACAACCAAUGCAACAUCUGCAUUGCCAAAGUACUUGGAUCUUGUAGUAAAAUAUCCCACCUCCCUUAUUCUUCCUUUUGACCUCCAUGUUUGAAACUGAUGCCUGUCCAAAAUGUGUUACCUUGGAGACUGGUACUCACUGUAACUGGGUCACACUGGGUGUGAGAUCGCAGAAACUGUAAACUAACAGCUGUGAAGUAUAGGUAAAGUGCACCAGUCCCUAUUUUAUGAGCAUUUUGGAUUUGGGGGAGAAAUUAAAAUAUUCAAGGCUGAAAAAGCUAUUGAGAGCCCAAAGGUGGGCUGAGCUAAUCCUAGAUCAGGGGUUAAGGAGAGAACACUUAACCAGGGUAGUGCUUGGUAUACAGUCUCAAAAACAUGGAGGUUACGAGGUAUUGUAGCCUGUUCGUUUGUAUGUAUGCCAAGCUACACUGUAUGCAGAUCAACAAUAAAGAUGAUUGUUUGAAAUUCACUCUUUUGUACCCAGAGGGUGCAGUUUGGAAAUGUAACAAUGUACAAUCCCUUUGUAUGAAACAAAUGUGCACUGUGACAGGUAGAAAGCCUAUGUCCUUUGUCUUAUUGCACUGAGUGUUCUCUUAUCUGUACAGUAAUGUAUAAAAAUGUAUGCUGAUUGUCACAAGACUUUUCAAGAUAAAUAAAUAUGA